GCGUGUGGUUCAUUGGUAGCAGUGUCCUCCUUCCUUCAAUAUCUGUAAAUUAAAGUACUUCAUAUCAGCCUAAGGCCAUGGUGCCGCUGAAGGAGAAGGACAAACCCAUCAUCCAGAAGCUGCUCUCAGCUGGAUGCUGCGCUCGUUGUGUCCUCAGGUUCUGCUGUGUGAGCGUCCAGGCUGCCUACCGACAACGGCAAGAGGACACACUUAGGGAACUGCAAGAGUUCAUCUCUGGUGCAGGAAAUGGCAAAGACCAGGCCUCCACCGAAGAGAACAAGUCCCAUGAUGCCGCAGCUUCCGAAGCUCCUGAAGACCCUCCCAGUAAAAGAUCUAAACUGGAGCCUACUGGGGUUCCUUCUCAGACAGGAGAAGAUGCUGCUGCUGGUGUGUGUGUCGCAUGCUUGGGAAUCCUGCAGAAUCUAUGUGGCACAGAGCAAGCAGUUAAGAUAGCAGAAGCAGUGAAGUUUCAAAACUACCAGUUUGACACCCUGGUGCUGUCCAUCUCUCUACCUGCUCAGCUGUGUGUCCGUGAGCACUCCUCCUGGCUCCACGUGAAGAAAGAAGUGAGAGAGAAGGGUUUGGUUCUGGACAAGGAUGAUGUAAUCCAGGUCAAGGAGGCUUUCAAAUGGAUCAUGCAGGGUCUGGUUGCCAAGGAGCUGGGGGGUGUUGCUGUGAUUACCAAGGCAAGCUCCUUUGAAGUUGGCGUGGAGUUCACCCACCCCGAGACCGACUCGGACUGCCACUUCCUAGCGACGGCUUGUCCGGACUGCUUCAAAUACACCAAGAACAAACAGUCCGUGUUCACCCGCAUGGCCGUGGUUAAAGCUCUGGAAAAGAUAUCUGAUGCCAAUUUUCUGAAAAACUACCCAUCUCCUCCCUCGCAGCCAGCCAGCAGCUGCGUCGCUCAGGACGUCCAGUGUCUCCACAUGUCUGUGUUUGUAGCAGGGAGAUACAAUAAGUUUUGCCGCAGUCUGCCUCAGACCCCCUGGUUAAUUGAUGGUGAGAGGAGGAUGGAGUCCUCGGUGGAGGAGCUCAUUGCAACGCCCAUCCUUUCUGUCUUCAGAGCAGACGGAUUUAAUUUCUCCGCAUCUGGGAGAGAAGACGUGGAUGUCCGGACUCUUGGAAAUGGACGUCCGUUUGCGAUGGAGCUGCUGAAUCCACACAGAACCAGAUUUAGCAGAGUGGAGAUGAAGCAGCUGCAGGAGACAAUAAACAAGUCCUCCGAGAAAAUCAGAGUGAGGGACCUGCAGGUUGUUAACAGAGAAGCCAUGAGUCGGAUGAAGGAGGGAGAGGAGGAGAAAACCAAGACCUACACAGCGCUGGUUUGGACCCAGAGGCCCAUCCAGAGAGAAGACAUCACCUUCAUCGAUGACAUCAAGGAUCUGACACUAGACCAGAAGACUCCUCUGAGGGUUUUGCACCGGCGGGCGCUGGCCGUCCGACAGCGAGUCAUCCACAGCAUGAACACCCGCUUCCUGGACGCUCAUCACUUCCAUCUGGGGCUGAAAACUCAGGCUGGGACUUACAUUAAAGAGUUCGUCCAUGGAGACUUUGGCCGCACUAAACCAAACCUGUGUGAGCUGCUGAAGACGGACUCAGACAUCCUGGAGCUGGACGUGGAGUCUGUGGAUGUGGACUGGCCUCCUGCCAUCCCAGAGUGAUGGCUGCUCUGCCACGCUGAUGCUGCGCUGACAGGCCUUCAGGUGGAUCCACUCUCCAAAAGGGAACACGAUUAGAGAGAUCAUCAUCACAGUGUCAGGAACCCGCGAGCCUGAGCCCCGCUGUCCUGCUGGCAGACUUCAGUCUGAUCUGAGGUCUGGAUCAGCUUUCUGAUGCAACGCAAGUCAAACAGGACCGCGUCUUCAGUUUGAUCACAGGAUACGUUUAAAAAGACUUGAAAGUCUCCUCUUUCUGUUGUAACUGGCUUAUGUUAAGUCACUUUGUAACAGUAUUUAUAAAGAGCUGUUUUCAGUUUGUGUUGGUAAAACUAAGUUAACGACCCUAAAUCAGCAGCAUGUUCAUUCUCGUUUCCUGUAGUUUUUGUUAAGACAUUUCUGGAUGCAUCAUUUGUAUGACGUUGAUCUAAUAAAUCCCACAAU